CCCCCCCUGAAUCGCCCAUCGCUACAACGACCAGUCCCUCGAAACGCAACAGAACAUCGACCGGGUCCAUACGACGACGGGGCAAAGCUUGGCACAGCGACACGGUCGCUUUCGAGGUCCUCUACGCUGGGACAACCUUACCAUCUUGCCUGUCGAGCCCAUCGUCUUUGCUUUUGUAUAGCCGCCAUGUCGUCCGCAAAUCCGCAGAACGUGAUCCGCAGGAAGUUGGUCAUUAUCGGCGACGGAGCGUGUGGCAAGACCAGUCUCCUCAGCGUCUUCACACUUGGAUAUUUCCCAACACACUAUAUCCCGACCGUAUUCGAGAACUAUGUGACAGACUGCCGAGUCGAUGGCAAAUCGGUACAGCUUGCCCUCUGGGAUACCGCUGGGCAAGAGGAUUACGAGCGUCUACGGCCGCUGGCCUAUUCGAAAGCCCACGUCAUCUUAAUAGGCUUCUCAAUCGAGUCACCCGAUUCGCUAGAUAACGUGAAACACAAGUGGGUGGAAGAGGCCAAUCGACUGUGCGCAGACGUUCCCGUCAUCCUCGUGGGCUUGAAGAAAGACCUCCGCGAGGACCCAGUCAUGAUCGAGGAGAUGCGCAAGAAGUCGAUGCGCUUCGUCACACCACACGACGGCGAGGCGGCGGCCCGCGAGAUCAAUGCCAAACGGUAUCUCGAAUGCUCUAGCUUGAGCGGCGAGGGUGUGGACGACGUGUUCGAAGCAGCCACCCGCGCCGCGCUGUUGACGUUUGAAAAGGGAGAGAGCACUGGAUGCUGCGUGAUUCUAUGAAAGGUGCUCACGGACUAUAUAUCGCCAUUUGCUACCAGCGGCCAUUUACAUCGCCGUCAUUUCCAAUUUGCUUGCAAGCGUUCUUUCAUCAUCGCUUCUCACCUGUCAUAAUUGUACUAAUACGAGUGCUGGGUAGGGGGUUGGA